CACCGCUUCCUGCCCCCGCUGCUGCAGCUGGACAUGUUUUGAGAUCAUUCACAACAGUUCAGAUGCCGGCUUCAUCAAAACAACCAAUAUAGCCCUUUUAUUUUAAUUUCCGAAAUGUUUCGAAGUGGCUGUCUGAGGAUGACAAGCAGGUUGAGCCGCCUGUCUGUUGCAAACUGUGUGUCUACCAGCAUCCCAAAGAAGGACACACACUUUAAAUCAUCUGCAAAAGAAAAUGGAAUAUUUUACAACUUGAAUAAAGUAUUUACACCCAGGACUUGCUACACGAGCCGAGUUAAAGUGAACUGCUGGAAGUGUAAGCGGCUUCUCGACCGAGAGCCUGCGUUCUUCUGCAGCUCGUGUGAGGCGGUGCAGCCGCCGGAGGAAGAAACCAGCUUCUUCACAAUCAUGGACUGUGACUACACGUUUACUGUGGACACACACAAGCUGCAGACGAGAUACCUGCAGCUCCAGCGGUCUCUGCACCCAGACAACUUCAGCCAGAGAUCUGCGAAAGAGCAGGAGUAUUCAGAGAGCCAGUCAGCUCUUGUGAAUAAAGCAUACAGGACGCUGCUUAAGCCUUUGAGUCGUGGUCUGUACAUGCUGGAGCUGGAGGGGAUGCGUCUGGAAGAAGGCACCGACUCCGGGGCCGAUCCAAACUUCCUCAUGGAGCUGAUGGAGAUAAACGAAGCCGUCGAUGAAGCGCAGACUCCCGAAGAAGCCACCAAGAUCGGCCGGGAUACCAAAGUGAAACUUGCAGGAUUGACAGAUCAGAUCGACGCUGCCCUCCAUGAAGGGGAUCUUCAUGCUGCCAAAGCGCUUCUCGUCCAAAUGAAAUACUUUGCAAACAUUGAAGAGAAAGUGAAGGAAAAACUUUCUGACUUUAUGUAAGAUUGUCCUUUAUUUGAUGUCGCCUAAUUCAAUAUUUUACAGCCACUUUAAAAAGAAAAGUUUUUAAACAUUUGCACAAAUAAUUGUAUAUUAGCCUUGGUAAAUGUGUUAUUUUAUUAUUCAAAGAUGAAAUAAAAGCUGCA